AUGAAUAGAGCAUUAAGCCAAUACUUACCGCAAAGUUUAUCUCUUCAGGACACAUGUGAUUUAAUCUACUGCGCCGCUGCUGCUGUCUGUCAUGUUACCGGAUUGAGGAUAGGAGAGAUGGCGCGAUCAUCAAAUCAUAAACCUCAAAUACCACCUUGGAAGAGGAGACUGGAAAAUAAAAUAAAAGAUAUUAGGGUAACUAUUGGAGUACUACAUACAUACCUAACAAAUGAUAACCCGUCGAACAGAACCAAACGAAUAGUAAAUGAUAUCAUCCGACAAAAUAACUUGGAAGCUGGUUCCGUUCGUAUCCUAAGGGAAUUUAUGGACAACCUGAAACAAAAAAUAGCUGCAUUAGGGUGUCGUUUGCGACGAUACAAUGAGAGUGAAAAACGGCGCAAACAAAAUAAACAAUUUAUUACCAACCAGAAGUUGUUUCUUAGAGCACUGAGCACCCAAAAAGAAGAACCUGAUAGGGCGCUUGUUAAAGCUGAUGAAAUGUAUAACUUCUGGAAUAACAUCUGGGGAAAUGAGCAAGAACAUCAAGAUGCUUACUGGAUUAAAGAAGAAAUACACCGCACGCAAGAUUUACCGAAAAUGAGGGAAAUCCAGAUAACAGAGAACGAUAUUAAACAGGCCGUUAGCUCACUAGGAAACUGGAAAGCACCCGGAAUUGAUAAAAUCCAGGCAUACUGGUGGAAGCACCUCACACAUGUCCAUGCAGUCUUGGCAAUACAAUUGACCCAAGCAAUAAAAAAAUCCCGCUGA